CCGCUUCGGUGGGCGGGGUCGGCCGAGCCUGCCUGGCGCGGUCUUCACCACUGACUCGGUACUGCUGGGGGCGGCGCUAUUAAGGCCACGCCUCCCGCGCAGACUCUGGGUGACUGGAGCGAUGUCGUAGUCUCUGGCGGGCGGGGACUUUGACCGAUUCUCUCAGCCUACGGCUGGGCGGGCAUCGUCAGCCGCCUAGGUUCUUCCGGUUUCUGGUGGCUGCGCCGCCUCCCUCCGAAGCCUGGGGAUACGCCCUCCCGAGAGCCCGCUGUCGCCCUCCUUUCAGCAUCGAACCCCUCAGAGUUGCUCCGGGGCAACUGCAGCCCAACAUUCUCUCGCUGUGGUUCUCGCCCCUUGGAGGACCUCGGCCCCACACUGCCCACUUUCCUGGAUGCGGUGGCCCCUCCCACCCUCUAAAAUGUCCAAUAACCUACAGAGGGUCUUCCUGAAACCCGCAGAAGAAAAGUCAGGCAACGCCUCGCGUUGUGUUUCAGGCUGCAUGUACCAAGUAGUUCAGACGAUUGGCUCGGAUGGAAAAAAUCUUCUGCAGUUACUUCCAAUUCCCAAUUCCUCUGGAAAUCUUAUACCACUAGUUCAAUCUCCAGUCAUGUCUGAUGCUUUGAAAGGGAAUACAGGAAACCCAGUUCAAGUUACUUUUCAGACUCAGAUUUCCAGCUCUUCCACAAGUACAUCAGUUCAAUUGCCCAUUUUUCAGCCAGCCAGUUCUUCAAACUGUUUUCUUACAAGAACAGUAGAUACAGCAGAAAAAGUUAGAGUUACUUCUGUGGGAACUGAAAAUUUUACCUCAUCAGUCUCUAAAGUUCAGAGUCAUGGUGUGAAAAUUGAUGGACUCACCAUGCAAACAUUUGCUGUUUCUCCCUCCUCAACACAAAAUGAUUCAUCUUAUAUUUUAGUAAAUACUCAGAGUCUUCCAAUGACUGUGAAGUCUCCAGUUUUGCCUUCUGGGCAUCAUUUACAGAUUCCAGCCCAUGCUGAAGUGAAAUCUGUACCAGCGUCAUCAUUGCCUCCUUCAGUUCAGCAAAAGAUACUUGCAACUGCAACCACAAGUACCUCAGGAACAGUUGAGGCCUCCCAAAUACCAUCUGUUAUUUAUGUAUCUCCUGUAAAUACAGUGAAAAAUGUAGUGACCAAGAACUUUCAAAACAUUUACCCAAAACCUGUUACAGAAAUAGCAAAGCCAGUGAUCUUAAAUACCACACAAAUUCCAAUGAAUAUUGCUAAAGAGACACAAUUAAAAGGUGGUCAGCAUUCUCAAGCUGCUCCAGUGAAAUGGAUUUUUCAAGAAAAUCUACAGCCUUGCACUCCAUCUCUUGUUCCUGUUAAGUCUUCAAAUAAUGUGGCUUCAAAGAUUUUAAAAACUUUUGUAGAUAGGAAAAAUUUGGGAGAUAAUACUAUAAAUAUGCCACCAUUGAGUACCGUCAGUCCUAGUGGGACACAAUCCAAAAGUAUGCCUAUUAAAGAUAAUGCUUUGGUUAUGUUUAAUGGGAAAGUCUAUCUAUUGGCUAAAAAGGGGACAGAUGUUUUGCCAUCACAAAUUGACCAACAGAAUUCUGUUUCUCCUGAUAUUCCACCAAGAAAAGAUACAUCACAGAUAGUGAGUUCAAGUCCAGUCACAGAAAUAUCCAGAGAGGUUGUAAAUUUUGUUUUGGCUAAAAGUAAGUCUUCCCAGAUGGAGACAAAAUCACUUUCAAAUACCCAGCUUGCUUCCAUGGCCAAUCUAAGGGCAGAGAAGAAUAAAAAAGUGGAGAAACCAUCUCUUUCUAUCCCAAACCCACAUAAUAUGAACCAGUCCAUUAACUACUUAAAACAGAGUAAGACUGUAUUCACAAAGCCAGAUUUUCCAGGUGGAUUUAGUACAGGACAGAAUGCCCCCAGAGAAGGAAAUAUCAUCCAGAGCAUAGAGAAAAUAAGUUCCUCUGUUGAUGCAACAACUGUUACUUCACAACAGUGUGUUUUCAGAGACCAAGAACCAAAGAUCCAGUGUGAGAUGGCAUCAACAUUAGAAAAAAUUACUCAAGAAAGAAAUGACAAGAAAAAUUCUCAAGGGAGAAGCAAUAAGGCAUCAUAUCUGAAGAAUGAUGCUGAAUUUAAAAAGAUAUUUGGUCUUACUAAAGAUCUGAGAGUGUGCCUUACUCGGAUUCCUGACCAUUUGGGCUCUGGUGAAGGUUUUGAUUCCUUUAGCAGUUUGGUGAAGAGUGAUACUUACAAAAAGACAGAGUUUAUAGUGAAGGAGGAAGAGAGAAAACAGGGUUUUGAUAAGAAAAGAAAAGCAAAAACCGUUAAGAAGAUGGAUCACACAAAGAAGAGAAAAACUGAGAGUGCUUAUAACACAGCUGUAAAUGGAGGAAUUAAUGUCAUCAGUUCCCAAGUCGUUAGCAGUAUUUUACCAACUUCAGAUGUAUCACGCCGUAACAUUCUCACAAGCUGCAACAAAACCAGAGAAGAAAAGAGAACUGAGAUGGAACACUGUACCCGUGAGAACCAGGAGAAAGGCACAUUGAGUUCAAAUGCAGCUUUUGAACAAAGUCAUUCCUUUAAUAAAAAUUAUACUGAAGAUGUUUUCCCCAUGACACCACCAGAGUUGGAAGAAACCAUUCGAGAUGAAAAAAUAAGAAGACUUAAGCAGGUGCUGAGAGAGAAAGAAGCAGCUCUUGAAGAAAUGCGUAAGAAGAUGCAGCAAAAAUAAUAAAAUGUUGCUAUACUUAAAGACUUCAGUGAAAUAGCUGUUUUUUCCAUAUACUUUUGCAUUAAGUUAUAGACACAUUCUGAAAGUGUUUUGAAUAUGAAAUUUGUUUUUUCAUUAGUUGAUUAUAAAAUUUUAUUUAAGGAAUACAGAAAAGGUUGAUUCAUAUAUGACUCUUGUGAAUAAUUUACAUGGGCUAUCUGAAUCUUUGUCUAGAUACUUUUUUGGAAAGAAAAAUUUUCUAUUUUUCUGUUAUUUUAACUAGAAUUCCCCAAGUUUGAAUAUUUGUGCUAAGUUUUUGUUAUUGUUUGUAUCUUUGGCUAAAUUGCUCAGGUGUUAUUUCAACAAUAGAUAAUUAUUGUGUACUGUUGAAAUUUUACAAUCCAAGAAAUCAGCUCUGAAUUUAGCUUUGCCAAUGAGCUUGUGUAUGUACUCACUUAAUCUCUUUAUCCAUGAAAUGAUGAUACCUUCUACUUGUAAAUUUUUAAUUUUAUGAAAGAAAAAUGUAUUAUAGAAGCAUUACUUCAAAAUUCAAACAUUUCUCAAGAGUGAGGGACACUUGUUUUGUAACUUUUAUGAAGUAAGUUUCAUAUAAUCCAAAAUAGGUUUUAGAAUUCAGGCUAUAUAAUGUAUUGUUUGGUUAAAGUGGUAUGUUAUUAUUCCUAGGCAAAGGCUUCUUUUUCUUUUUGAAUGUCUACAUAUGUGACUUAGAUUGUGUGAAAAGUAAAUCUGAACAAUGGCCAUAUUUAAUACUUUUUAAAAUUGUAAAGUGUAGUUUUUCUUAAUAGAGGCAAACACUUUUC